AUGUCUGUCGAAGCUCCUAAACCCGUCGAGGAGACCCCGGUCGUCGAUGCCACCAAGGCUGCGCCAGAACAGCCCGAGGCUUCCACUGCCCCAGCCGAGACCUCUGACGCCCCAGCUGAGACUACAGAUGCUGCCCCUACUACUACUGCUGCUGCUGCUGAAGAGCCCGCUGCGGCGGCCGCUGAGGAUUCAAAAAAGGAUGAAGCUGUUGAGGCUGUCCCUGCCUCUGAAGGUGUCUUGGCAUACAAGGAGCCAACUCUCUUCAAGAAAUUCUUCUUCACCAAACACUUCUUCUGGUUCUCCGAGGAGCCUUCAACAGCCGAGUCUUUGACAACGUACGCGCGCUCUGACCGGGCUGUGCACGCAUCUGCUGCAUGGGCUCGUGAGACCGGAAAGGGCUUGCUCUUCUUUGCCAAGCGUGCUGAGGACAAGGCCACGCCCGUCGGUGUCAUCAGCCUUGCCGACGCUUCAGCCGUCACCAAGGAAGGUCACAACCAAUUCUCCUUCAAGGCCGGUACUCAUCAACACCGCUUCGAGGUUGGCAAGCCCGAGGAACGUGACAGCUGGAUUGUUGCCAUUGAGAAGGCCAUCAAAGAGGCUAAGGAACUGAAGGACGAAAUCACUGGACGUGAGAGCUACAAGAAGAACGUUGAGGAGUACGCGAAACCUCCCGUUUUUGCCGCUGCUGCAGCUCCGGUGAAGACUCCCCACCCCAAACCCAAGGAACCAAAGAAGUCUACCGAUGCAAGCGCUGCCACGGCCGAAGCUACGACUCCAGCUGCUGAGAAUGGCGACGUUGAGUCUGGCGAAGCUGAUGAAGCUACCAAGGCCAAGAAGGAACGCUCUCAAUCGCGUAAGCGCGGCAGCAUUUUCGGUGCUCUGCGCGUCAAGAAGGAGGAGCAUGCCGAGAAGAAAGAAGAGAGCAAGGCUGAGGCCGAGGGAAAGAAAGAGGAAGCUAAGCCGACCGAAGAAGCUGGCGCCGCUACUGAAGCAGCUGAAACUUCCGCUGCUGGCCCAGCCGCCGCGUCUGACAAGAAAGAGGAGAAAGAAGCUCCAUCGCCAACCGAAAAGAAGAACAAGCGUGGCUCUGUCUUCGGAAACCUCUUCAAGAAGGGUGUCACAAGCCCAACCGCUGAAAAGACUGAAAAGGAAGCCACUGCCACGAAGGAUGCUGAUGUCCCUCCUGUCUCUGAGAAUGCUCCCAAGAUUGAGGAGCCAAUCGAGAACAAGCCCAUUGACGCUGCGGCAGUCACCGCGCCCGCCAACUCUGCUGAAAAGCCCGCCGCUGAAGAACCUGCCGCCACCAGUGCCGAGGCCGCUGAGAAUGCCGCUGCUGAGCCUGCGGCUGAGACAUCUGCCACCACCACUACAGAGGAGCGUCCUGCUCGUGAUAACAAGCGCCGCACUUCCCUGUUUUUCAACAAGAAGAAGCCCGAGACCGGCGAAGGUGAAGACGGUGCUGCCGCUGAAUCCAAACGUGAAAAAUCUCCUAUUCCCGGAGGAAAAUUCAUCGGUCAGCUUGUACGUCGCGCUAGUAAAGCCGUCAAGUCUGAAAAGCCUGAAAAGCCUGAAGGUCCCAAGGAGAAGACGGCGGCCGAACCAGCCGCCACGGCAGCCGCCACCGCUGAGACCCCUGAAACGGUUCCCGAGGCCCCAGAAACCAAGACUACCGAUGCACCUGAAGAUGCACCCAAGGCUGAACCUGUGACCCCUGCUGCUCCUGAGGUCAAGGCCACCGCUUGA